AUAUAUAUAUAUAAAGCAAUUAUAGCUAUAAAAUCAUAUUAAAGUAAUUAUCAUGUGUACACAAACCAUUUAUAAGGGCAAAAUCUAAUUUUAGAAMUUACGUGUUUCUUAGCACUUAACACAAGCGAUUCGAGCUCUAAGGUGGUUCGACAUAAAAUGGCCGAAUAGAUACUGACGCCAAAAAUAAUCUAAUCCCCCUGUUUUGGCGGGAAUUUACCUGUUUGUAGAAAAAGGAAAACACUAUCUUAUGGUAAAGCARCAUUGCGGCUAUAAUAAYGUACGAUAUUGGUGAAAAUGUGUCAACUGUGCCGAUAAUAGGGUCUGUUACCUUACCCGAUACAAAGUCYGUURAAUUAGGAAAAAGUUGCACAAUCAUAAAUAAUAAAAAUAAUUAAAAAAUCUCGCUCUAAAUGUUCAAAUAAUAUCAAAUCCGUACUAUGGAAUACACAAUACAAAUGGAAUGCUUCUCCGGAUUAUCGAAGAAUCCCGGCUAUUGAAGGCACAAAUUAUAGAGGUCGCACUGUAGGUAUCCACUUUGGCUUCUCUUUCCGAAUCUGAUUUAUUAUACGUUUUUGUGAGUUAUUUGUUGGUAGCAGAAAAGUAUUUUUAAUUCAUACUUUCUUUUGUGAAUUUUUAUCUGGCAACAAGUAACAACAUGUUGGAAAACUGAUUUUACAAUGACAUUUAUCUGAGUCAAGUCAAAGUCAGGGAUAAUCUAAACAGGGGGACUGUUUUGGCGGGAAUUUACCUGUUUGUAGAAAAAGGAAAACACUAUCUUAUGGUAAAGCAGCAUUGAGGCUAUAAUGUACGAUGCCCUUAUUAUUGGUGAAAAUGUGUCAACUGUGCCGAUAAUAGGGUUUGUUACCUUACCCGAUGCAAAGUCUGUUAAAUUAGGAAAAAGUUGCACAAUCAUAAAAAAUAAAAAUAAUUAAAAAAUCUCGCUCUAAAUAAUCAAAUAAUAUCAAAUCCGUACUAUGGAAUACACAAUGCAAUUGGAAUGCUUCUCCGGAUUAUCGAAGAAUCCCGGCUAUUGAAGGCACAAAUUAUAGAGGUCGUACUGUAGGUAUCCACUUUGGCUUCUCUUUCCGAAUCUGAUUUAUUAUCCGUUUUUGUGAGUUAUUUGUUUGUGGCAGAAAUGUAUUUAUUUUUAAUUCAUACUUUCUUUUGUGAAUUUUUAUCUGGCAACAAGUAACAACAUGUAGAAAAACUGAUUUUACAAUGACAUUUAUCUGAGUCAAGUCAAAGUCAGGGAUAAUCUCAAAUGUCUAAUCAGAGCUUUCAAAAUUUACGAAAUAAAGUUGGAUAUCAGGCCAAUUUAUUAACAUGCAUUUAAGAAAUCUUUCGUCGGUGCCAAAAUCAAUAGCUAGAAUUGACUACGAUAUUCCAGAACGUUAUAGAAAUGCUUUCUUUUUGGCAAAUGCUGCAUUUUUCGAUAGUACCAAUUGGUUUUUGCAUAGGGCUUAUGAAGCAGUUUUUCCCAUUUUGAAAAAUAGUUACAGGGAACAUUUUCAAAGUCUACAUGUCAACGACUCAAACAUUCACGAAAAAUUGGAAAACAUUGUUGAAAGCAUCGAUCAAUGCAAUUCGAUUUUGGACGUGCGGUUUCCGGUGAAAAGGGAAAAUGGCAAACUAGAGGUGAUAAGAGGAUUUCGCGCCCAUUACUGUGAAGCUAUUGGAAACACUCCUUGCCUUGGAGGCUUCAGAAUACAUUCAAGUAUAACCAGGGACCAUAUUAAAGCUUUAGCGUUACUUUCUGCCAUGAAAAACUUCUGCAUAGGCACUGGCUUAUCUGGGGCCAUGGGAGGAAUUAAAGUUAACCCUAAGGAAUAUUCAGAGUGUGAAUUGAAGGAGAUUGUGAGUCUUUAUGUUACUGAGUUGUACAAGAAAGGAUACUGCAAUCACACGGAUGUUGUACAUCCAGAUGUAAAUACUUCAGCAAAGGAGAUGAGUUGGGUGCAAGAAACAUUUUCAAAAUGUUCCGGGCAAAGCCUAAAUGCAGCAUCUACUGGAAAGCCUUUAGAAUGCGGAGGAGUUGAAAAUUAUGAUAUCGCCGCAGCGUUAGGUGCAUUUAAAGCUUUAGAAACGUUUAUUAAUAAUGGAGAAAUCAUGCUGAAAACUGGUUGCAUCAAAACUGGUUUGAAGAAUAAAAGGUUUAUAAUUCAGGGCUUGGGAAAAGUGGGAAGACCCUUGGGAGUCAUGUUGAUUGAGAAUGGAGCUAUAUGUGUUGGAGUUAAAGAGGAAGAUGCUUACUUGUAUGACGCCAAAGGAAUAGAUUUAUAUGAGUUGUAUAAAUACAAAGAUGAUCAUGGCACUAUUGAGAAUUUUGGCAUAUCGAAAACGGAGUUUCCUGACUCUAUUUUCACAGAGGAAUGUGAUAUCUUGGUACUAGCAGCUCGCCAGAAGAGUUUAGUCUGCUACAUAGCUAGAGACGUGAAAGCCAGGGUAAUUUUAGAAGCUUCAGAUGGUCCGGUUACCCCCACAUCCCAUAAAAUUCUGACGACCAAAUCCAAAUUAGUUAUUCCCGAUAUCUAUGCAAGUUCGGGCGCUGCAGUGAUCUCAUAUUUUGAAUAUUUGAGAAACUUACAACAAAUUGGUUUACCAACAGACAAUGUAUUAAGGUUUAGUACAAACAUUCAUCAGCAGAUUUUUCAAAGUAUGAAUCAAGCCCAACUUAAAGUAAAUGGUAGCUCUCAGACACAGUAUAACGUGUUCUUACCGUUGGACCAUAAUUUCUGCACAAACUCGAUUGAAUGUGUAUACUCUUCAGUCGGACAGGAAAUUAUAAAAAAUCUGGAGCAAUUCAAGUUAGGCAUAGAUGUUCGGACAGCUGCAUAUACCGUAGCAAUUCAAAAUAUGUUUAAAAUAAUUUUUCAACAAAAAAUUCUUAUUUGAGAAGUGUUAAUAAAUAUUUUCAUACCUAGUGUUGAGUUAAGCAUGGAAAUAAUUGGGAAAUUGAGAGAUAAAAACCUAAGAAAUAA